UUGCUGGAAAAAUAAAUAUCGUGGAAGAGACUUGGUCUUUAAGGGUCUGUUUGAAGUCGGCGCACGGCUUGUAAACCGUGUGUCUUCCUCGCUGAAGCCGUUUUUUUUAUUUAAGAGCUUGUCAUGUUUCACACUUCAUUGAAUUUUCUUUGGCGGCAAACAGGAGAGAGGAAACAAGGGUGUCCUGUUUGAGAAUUUUGGAGGGUUUUGAAUAGACUGACUCGAUGGGAAACAAAAGCUCUAGCCCUAGGGGUAGUAGCAGGCAAUCUUCAAUGGCUCGGUCUAGUUCUGCAGCUGGGUGGCAGCAUCAAUAUGCUCAGUCAUCUUAUUCUCAAUAUGCUCAAAACUAUCCCGCGCAGCAUCCUUAUCCAGCACCGGCAGGAUAUCCACCGCAAAAUGAGUACUGUGCUUCUCCUCAGAAUUAUGGGACUCAAUCCCAGGCGCAUGCUCCUUCACAAAAUAACGGGCCUCAAUUUCAAUUGCAUGCACCACAAAAACAGCUUGAUAGGAGGUAUUCAAGGAUUGCAGACAACUAUAAUUCAUUGGAGGAGGUGACAGAAGCUCUUGCACGUGCUGGUCUUGAGUCUUCCAACCUAAUUGUCGGAAUUGAUUUCACUAAGAGUAACGAAUGGACAGGGAAAAGGUCGUAUAAUGGUCGAAGCUUACAUCACAUUGGAAGUGGUCUGAAUCCUUAUGAACAAGCAAUAUCUAUAGUUGGGAAAACCUUGGCAGCUUUUGAUGAUGAUAACUUGAUCCCGUGUUUUGGAUUUGGAGAUGCAUCAACUCAUGAUCAGGAUGUAUUCAGCUUCUAUCCUGAUGAGAGAUUUUGCAACGGAUUUGAGGAAGUCUUAAGCCGAUAUAGAGAAAUUGUUCCACAUCUGAAACUGGCAGGUCCAACAUCAUUUGCGCCAGUAAUUGAAAUGGCUACUACUAUUGUUGAACAGAGUGGAGGCCAGUAUCACGUUCUACUGAUUAUUGCAGAUGGACAGGUUACCAGAAGUGUUGAUACUCAAAAUGGUCAGUUAAGUCCGCAAGAGCGGAAAACGGUGCAAGCAAUUGUUGAAGCUAGCAAGUUUCCUUUAUCUAUUAUUUUGGUUGGGGUUGGAGAUGGCCCCUGGGACAUGAUGAAGGAAUUUGACGACAACAUCCCCGCUCGGGAGUUUGACAAUUUCCAGUUUGUCAAUUUUACGGAGAUUAUGUCCAAAAAUGCACACCAAUCUCGGAAAGAGACAGAAUUUGCUCUUGCAGCAUUAAUGGAAAUUCCAUCUCAAUAUAAAGCAACAAUGGAGCUUAAUUUGUUAGGUGGGCGAAAAGGAAAUACUCCUGAGCGCGUUCCUCUUCCUCCUCCUGUCUAUGGUGCGGCUUUGGGUUCAGCUACAAAGCCCUCACGCGCAACCAGUUUCCAGCAUAGCUCUAGUUCGUACUAUGAGCACAAUGUUCCAGUUGAUGCAGCUCCACCAAUCUCUACUUACGAACACCAGAUAUGUCCUAUCUGCCUUAGCAACCCAAAAGACAUGGCUUUUGGUUGUGGUCAUCAGACAUGCUGUGACUGUGGCCAAGAUCUUCAGCUAUGUCCAAUUUGCCGUAGUCCAAUUCAAACCAGAAUAAAGCUCUACUAGGUUGCUUGUCCCCUAUCUUCAUAUCAACUUAGCAUCAAAUUCUUUACAUUGGUUCUUGAUGUAGAAAGGUGAUACGAUUUUUUUUUUGGGUUUUGACGUGGCGCAAAUGAAGCAUUACCUCAUUUGUACAUUAUUUGGUUAGCAUUUCUUUAUUUUUUGGCUGAUAUCAAAGAGAUUGGUGAUAUCAAAAUGAACACAGCGUGGAUAGGAGUUUUAUUGCUUUGAUAUUUUUGUAACUGUAUGUUCUUUUGAUACGGUUUGACUGUACAUGGAAAUUAAGUUCUCAUUGAUUUAAUUAUGCACCAAUACGAAUGGAUUGUCUGGCUUUA